UGGUCAACAACCCCUCUCUCUCUGCAAUCUUCAACUCUUUAUUCAACUUCCAACUUCGAAAGAGAGAGAGUAAUGGGAGAGAGCGUGAUGGAGUUGGGAGUGGAAGAGUUGGUGAAUACAGGCUUAACAGUGGCAGAAGCAAAUGAAUUAUACAGCGUUUUGAAGAAUAUUGUGUCUCUCUCUCCCACCGACCCAUCACUCAUAUGGCGCCACCUUGUCACUCGGAAGGCGCUGAAACCAUCUUUCCCACACUCCUUGCAUCAGCUUCUCUACUACUCCGUUUAUCACUCUCACAAUGCUUCUGCUUCUCUUCCACUUUAUUGGUUCCCUUCUCUGUACGUAUGCCUUUUCACUACUACAUCUUACUGUCUCUCUCCUUUAUUCUCAUCUGCACUCUUCACUCUACUCAUUCUUCUUUCUUCUCUUUUCAGAGACCAAUCCAAACGCACCAACCUCGGUCGUCUCAUGGAAACUCAUGGUCCUAAGCUUUUAGGACCUUCCUACAAAGACCCUAUUUCUAGCUUUCCUCUCUUUCACAACUUCUCUGUUCAACACCCUCAGCUGUACUGGCCCCUUGUUCUCAAGGAACUAUCGGUUUCAUUUGUUGAACCUCCAAAGUGCAUUUUAGACACUUCUGACCCUUCUAAACAUGGAGGGACUUGGCUUCCUGGCUCUGUCCUCAACAUUGCUGAUUGCUGUCUGCAACCCUCUUCACAUCCCUACAAAUCAGAUGACAGUGUAGCCAUCGUUUGGAGAGAUGAAGGUUUUGAUGAUUCUCGGGUUAAUCAAAUCUCGCUUAAACAACUCCGACACCAAGUAAUGUUGGUAGCUAAAGCAAUAGAUGCCACAUUCUCAAAGGGAGAUGCAAUCGCAAUUGACAUGCAAAUGACAGCCAAUGCCGUAAUCAUCUACUUAGCCAUUGUUCUAGCAGGAUGUGCUGUGGUAUCAAUAGCUGAUAGCUUUGCACCAAAAGAAAUUGCAAGCCGCCUCCGGGUUUCUAAAGCAAAGGGCAUUUUCACACAGGAUUUCAUAGCAAGAGGUGGCAAGAAAUUCCCUUUGUACAGUCGAGUCAUUGAGGCAGCUACAUGUAAAGUUAUUGUGCUCCCGGUGAUGGGUGAUGAUGUAGGAGUACAAUUAAGAGAACAAGAUUUAUCAUGGAAAGGCUUUCUCUCUUCUGCCAAUCGGACUCAGAACCCCAGGUCAGAUCAUUACUCUCCAAGCUAUCAAUCGGUGGAUACUGUCACUAAUAUACUAUUCUCUUCUGGAACCACAGGAGAUCCAAAAGCUAUUCCUUGGACUCAACUUGCACCAAUACGAAGUGCUGCUGAUGGAUGGGCUGCCAUUGAUAUCCAACCUGGAGAUGUCUAUUGCUGGCCUACAAAUUUAGGAUGGGUAAUUGGACCAACUGUAUUGUAUCAUUGCUUUCUAACUGGUGCAACUCUGGCUCUAUAUCAUGGGUCUCCUCAAGGUCGUGAUUUUGGAAAAUUUGUUCAGGAUGCAGGGGUUACCAUUUUGGGAACAGUUCCAAGCUUAGUAAAAGCUUGGAAGAGUACACAAUGUAUGGAGGGCUUGGAUUGGACAAAGAUAAAAACGUUUUGUUCCUCUGGAGAAACAUCAAAUGUUGAUGAUGAUCUGUGGCUUUCUUCAAGAGCUUAUUACAGUCCAAUCAUUGAAUUGUGUGGAGGCACUGAGCUCGCUUCUAGCUACAUUGCAGGAAGUCCCCUGCAGCCUCAAGCUUUUGGAGCAUUUAGCACUGCAUCAAUGACAACUGGUUUUGUCAUUUUUGACGAAAAUGGAGUUCCUUAUCCAGAUGAUGUUGCUUGUGUUGGGGAAGUGGGCUUAUUUCCUCUCUCUCUGGGAGCAUCUGACAGAUUGCUUAAUGCUGAUCAUGAGAAGGUUUACUUUAAGGGAAUGCCUAUUUACAAAGGGAAGGUUCUUAGGAGACAUGGAGAUAUAAUCAAGAGAACAGUUGACGGAUAUAUCAUUGUACAAGGGAGGGCUGAUGACACCAUGAAUCUUGGUGGAAUAAAGACAAGUUCUGUAGAAAUUGAGCGUGUCUGUGAUGGGGCUGAUGAAUGCCUUUUGGAGACAGCUGCGGUCGGUGUUGCAACUGCAAAUAGAGGCCCAGAGCAACUGGUUAUAUUUGUAGUUCUAAAGAAAGGAUACAAUUCCAAUGCAGAAACACUAAAGAUGAAAUUCACUAAAGCUAUUCAAAGUAACCUAAACCCUUUGUUUAAGGUAAGCCUUGUUAAAAUUGUGCCAGAGUUUCCUCGAACAUCUUCCAACAAGAUCCUGAGGAGAAUAAUGAGGGAUCAAAUGAAGCAUGAGCUAUCAGUUCAGAGCAGACUUUAGUGAAGGAUUAUUUGAGUGAGGGAUGAACAUGGUUGACAGUCCUUGGAAUUUUAAGCAUAGACUAUACUUUUAUAGUUUUAUUGGCCAAGUGCUUGGUGUGUUAUCAAAGGCCAAAGCUUAGAAAAUAAGUAGUACCAGUGAAUAUAAAUAUGUUUAAGGAAAUGUAGCAGAAAAUAAAUAAAUCAGGUUGUAGAAUUACAAACAUUCAAGGCUCUAUGCACAAUUCACCCAUAUAUAAUAAAAUAAAGUCUUUAUUUUGUUUAAAAUAAAGACAUUUUUUUCGUA